CCGGCCGCUCCCGCGGGGGUAGGAAUGACUUUGCCCCUCUCGUCCCCGAAGCCGCCAGGCCCGGUGUUGGGGUGGGAUCGGGGAGAGGCGGGGGACGCAGGGGACGGUGACCGCCGCUCUGGGAUGUCACCCCUAGGAGAACGAGCAGCUCUCCUCGGAGCUGAGCCAGAGCCGCCGGCGCCUGAGGACCUGCCUGGACCAGCUCCACCAGCUGCAGGCAGAGAAGCGGCUCUCCCACAGCUGGGCCCAGGUCGUGGAGAGCGAGCGAGCCCAGCUGGGGGGAGAGAACCUGGCCCUGCUCGCGGUGUUCCGGGGCCCCGGGGGCAGCGCCGAGCUCAGGCCGGCUUCCUGGCAGAACGGCGCGUGCAGGAGAUACCCUCAGUUCCAGAAGGGGCUGACAGCUCCCCAGCUGGGGCAAGCAUGGGAAACUUCCUGCCCCAGGACCCACCGGGAGGUGGCUCAGUAUUGGAAAGCACGCUGGCGCCAGGUGGCAAACGAGUUGAAAUCCAAGGAGGAGGAACUGGAGGGGGUCCAGAGACAGAGGAGACGUGGGUCGUGCAAGAUCCCUUGGGUCCAAGAGCUUCUCACAGGUGAAGAGGAAGAGCUGGUUGACCCUAUGGAUAGGGCAAAGGAGACCAGUGAGCUGGGAGGAAUGCAGCUGGUGAAGAUAUAUCAGCGCCUUUCUUCUGGGGAAGAUUCAAGUUCCCCAGCAGGGAAGAUGGACUAUCAGCAAGAUCUCCAGAGCAAGUUGAAGGUUCUGGAGCAGGAAAAUGCUCAGCUGGCUCUAGUGAUCCAGAGGUGGAAGCUGGACCAGGGCCCGAUGCUUCAGAUGGAGCUGGACGCCUGCAAGCAGCAAUUAGAACUGGAACGAAACUUGUCCCUGUCCCUGCAGCACCAGCUUCGGGGCCUGCAAAGUGGGAGUGCCCCCCAGAGGACGGAGCCCCCACAGGCAGCGCCAGGUCCCGGACCGUGCCCCCCAGGGACCUUGAAGGGGGCAGAAGCGGAGCCCCAGUGGGACAUGGCCACCGCGGAGCCUCAGAAUCCCCUCCAGGGCCUCCCAGGGUCUCCCUCAGGAAGCCCCCAGGCGCCAGAGCUGCUUCAGCCAUUUCCGGGAAAUGCCCAGGGAGCCCAGGAAGCAGGAGCACCCAUGCCCGCCUCAGAGGCAGACGCCUUAAGGCAGCAGCUGCAGAAGGAGGAAAGCUUGAGACGGGAGUGGGAGCAGAGACUGCAGAGCCUCAGCUCAGAGCUGCAGGAGCUGAAGCUGAGGAAGCCAGAGGAACACAAGGUUUCUCCCCCCACGGCCCAGGACUCCGGACAGCAGGGGCUAGAGGUCACCGAGAGUCAGCUCCGGGAGAGCAGAAAGGAGAACCUCAGUCUGGAGCUGCUGGUGACCUCGCUGCGACAGAAGCUGGAGGAGAAGGAGCGGGCCCUGAAGGAGCUCCUGAGCCCCGGGGCCUCUGAGCAUGGCGAGACAGAGCUGACGCCCUCCGCCCUGCUCAAGAAGCUGCCUCCUCACUCCCGGUCCGGCGUCAGCCUGAGGAGGGGGCCCCAGGCCGGCUGGGAGGGCGUCCCCCAGGGCCACUGCUCUCACUGCAACGCCUUCUUGGAACAACUGCGCAAAGUGCUUCAGGGUUGGGAACCAUCUUCAAAACCAUCAGAGGAGAAGCCGCAGCCGCUGAGGCAGCUGCAGAAAGUCCCGGAGGGCCCCCACAAGCAUGUCCCCAAGGGGGCCCGAGCUCCCCGGAGCGACCUGAAGGACGUGGAGCGGGUGAGACAGCAGCACCGGCUGGUGACUGAGGAGCUGCAGGAUCUGUUCGGUGAGAGGCGGGAGAGGACCGUCAGGGCUGCCCAGCCCCCCAGGGAGUGGCCAGAAGGAAGCUCUGGGGACCCGGGGGCCAAGAAGCCCCCGGCGGAGCAGGUAAACUGAGGUUCCGCUGGCAAACCCAGGAGCCUGAUGCUGCAGAAAGGGCUCAGUCUGACUCUACCACCUCCAAGACAGACCAGACCAGCUGGCCAAAGAUCCUUGUUUCUGAGCGGUUUUUCCUUCCCCAAGUGGAGGGAUCUUACUGGAGUGGAACUGGCAGACCACAGCCGGGACUUGGUCAGGAGUCUGGCCUGGGGUUCCAAGUCACUUUGGUUUCCAGAACUCCAGGGUCUUCUUCAGAAAUGGUCCAAGGAUGCUUUGCCUGCAGCCCCAAGACUUUUUCCCUUGAAAAUCCCCAUGAACAUAACAGUACCUGUUUGCACAUCAUCUUAUAUUUACUAAGCACUUUCUUCACUGCAGCUGAGGGGAGAGAACAUCCCUAUUUUACAGAUAAGGAAACUGAGGCAGAGGGAAGUGAUUCAGCAAGGGUCACACAACUAGUAAGUGUCUGAGGCAGGACUGGAGCCCAGGUGGUCUGACCCCAGGCCAGAGCUCUUUCCACGACUCCAUGCUGCUUUCUAAAGUUUUCUGAUUCCUCAUCCCUGCUCAAGGAUCAUAGAAAAUAAGUUAAGAGCUGCAAGGGAGGGUCCUCUGCAAGACCCACCCCCUCAUUUUUAACUGAGAAAGCUGAGGUGUCACAGGGUCAGUGACUGGUGCAAGGUCUCCUGAGUGACAAGUGGAAGGGGCAGUCAAGUCAACUUUCUACUACCAGCAACUGAUCAAGAAGCAAUCAGGAAGCAUCUGCCCUGGAGAGUCUUCCAUCCCAGGGGGGAGAGGACAGAUCCCCGAUCAGAGCCCCUUCUCCAUCCUUGGGCCUGCUUGGACCCACUGGGUCCCCUCUUCUGCUGACGCUGGGACAAGAUGGCCCUUUUCUUUCCUUAAGCUAUCCCAACCACAUGGACUUCCCAAGGAAAAAGAGAUGAUCCUUCCAGAGAACCCUUCAGAGUCAGCAGAAUGGGAGGAUUCAGCUGAUCCCCAUGAGGAAAUCUUGUCCUCAAUAGCUACAAUGAUGGAAGUGGGAAGCAGUCCCCAAAGGAAACAAGGGGAUGCUGGGAGUUAGGGGCAAAGGAGUCUCUGGAAGAGAGAAAAGCUGGGAAAAAACACUUCCCCCUUCCUCUGCAGAGGAGGGGGACGCUGGGAGUGGGAGUGGGGAAACUGCCAAUUUGGGUUUCCAAAUAGAGUAAUGCACCCCCGAAGUGCCAGGGAAGUUAGCAACUAUGGCUCCCUUCAUAGACAUUCAAGGGUUUGGCAGAGCCCUGAUUACCUGCUACCUUGGGGAAGGGGUUCGGGCAUGAAUAGAAGUGAGGAGAGGUGGUACUCGGGCAGUGAGAAACUCUCUGGCCAAGAUGGGGUGGAAUGAGUCCUGUGGAGAAGAUUGCCAUCUUCCAGAUUUGUCCAGGCUGUCCUCCUCAAGGUGCAGUCCCAAGGAAUGGAGAUUCAUUUGUCCCCCCACCCUCCUCUAUCCUUUCUUCCUGACAUCUCUUCUUCCUCCACCCUAAUAAUAAUAUUAUGCUUUCAUUUUACGUUAUGCUAAUAAAUAAUGCUAAUAGUUAGCAUUUAUAUAGCACCUCAAGAUUUACAAUGUGCUUUGCAAACAUCAUCUCAUUUUAUCCUUGCAACCACUUCGGCAGAAUGGCACUAUAACCAUUCCCAUUUUUACAGAGAUUGUAAGAGAAGCAAUUAGAGAUUAAAUAAUUUAUCCAAAGUCACACAGCAACUAACUAGUGUCCGAGAUCGCAUUUCAAUUUCUGUCUUGUGACUUCGGGGCCAAUGCUCUAUCCAUUGCCCCUCUUACCAGCCCAAGAUUUUUUUGGAGACCAACAUCUCCUCUCUGUCUCCCUCCACCAACCUCUCUGGCUAUCUUCCACUCUGAGAGGACGGAGAAAGCUUGAAAGAAAUCUGGUCUCUGGAAUCACAGUGUACCAGAAUUGGCCAAUCGGUCCCCAAAAAACUCCUCCCCACAACCUCAGCCUGCAAAAUUCCCUAGUGGGGCCCAAACUUUAAAUUUAAAUGUAAUUAAAAUUUAUUAAAUUGUAAGAUUAAAACGUGA